AAGUCACUAUGGUGACGGGAGGUCGGGGAGGCUUCCUCUCCGCGGGUCCCACCUCCGAGGACGGCUACCUGCGCUGCCCGGGAAGUUGAGUGAAUACAAUCAAGUAGUAUUGAGAAAUUUUACUGGAAGAAGAGACAUGAGACUGAAGAUAUCACUUUUAAAAGAACCAAAGCAUCAGGAGCUGGUGAGCUGCGUGGGCUGGACCACUGCUGAAGAAUUGUACUCGUGCAGCGAUGACCACCAGAUAGUGAAGUGGAACCUGUUAACCAGUGAGACCAGUCAAAUAGUAAAACUUCCUGAUGACAUUUACCCCAUUGACCUUCACUGGUUUCCAAAAAACUUAGGUAUAAAGAAACAGACUCAAGCAGAAAGCUUUGUCCUUACAAGUUCGGAUGGUAAAUUCCAUCUGAUUUCCAAGUUAGGAAGAGUGGAAAAGAGUGUGGAAGCUCACUGUGGGGCCGUGCUUGCGGGAAGGUGGAAUUAUGAAGGAACAGCACUAGUGACAGUUGGAGAAGAUGGACAAAUCAAAAUCUGGUCAAAAACUGGGAUGCUCAGAUCAACAUUAGCUCAGCAAGGAACACCAGUGUAUUCAGUAGCCUGGGGCCCAGAUUCAGAGAAGGUUCUUUACACCGCAGGCAAGCAGCUCAUCAUUAAACCUCUCCAACCAAAUGCAAAAGUUUCACAGUGGAAAGCCCAUGAUGGCAUAAUUUUAAAAGUAGAUUGGAACUCAGUCAAUGAUCUUAUUUUAUCUGCUGGUGAAGACUGCAAAUAUAAGGUGUGGGAUAGUUAUGGCCGCCUUCUGUACAACUCACAGCCUCACGAACAUCCCAUUACCUCAGUUGCCUGGGCACCUGAUGGAGAGAUAUUUGCUGUUGGGUCAUUUAAUACUUUACGCUUGUGUGAUAAAACAGGGUGGUCCUAUGCUUUAGAGAAACCCAACACCGGUAGCAUAUUUAACAUCGCAUGGUCCAUCGAUGGCACUCAGAUCGCUGGAGCCUGUGGAAAUGGCCAUGUUGUUUUUGCACAUGUGGUUGAGCAACGUUGGGAGUGGAAAAAUUUUCAAGUGACAUUAACUAAAAGGAGGACCAUGCAGGUUCGUAAUGUUCUUAAUGAUGCUGUGGAUUUGCUGGAGUUCCGUGACAGAGUCAUUAAAGCCUCUCUGAACUAUGCACACUUAGUUGUUUCAACGUCCCUUCAAUGUUAUGUGUUCUCUACAAAGAACUGGAAUACACCACUCAUAUUUGAUCUCAAAGAAGGAACCGUCAGUUUAAUUCUGCAGGCAGAGAGGCAUUUUCUUCUUGUUGAUGGUGGUGGUAUCUAUUUAUAUUCUUAUGAAGGACGCUUCAUUUCCUCUCCCAAGUUUCCUGGGAUGAGAACCGACAUUCUGAAUGCCCAGACUGUUUCUCUGAGUAAUGAUACCAUAGCAAUAAAAGACAAAGCUGAUGAGAAAAUCAUCUUUCUCUUUGAGGCGUCCACUGGCAAACCCCUGGGGGAUGGGAAGAGUCUUUCUCAUAAGAAUGAAAUCUUGGAAAUUGCUCUGGAUCAAAAAGGACUUACCAAUGAUAGAAAAGUUGCUUUCAUUGAUAAAAAUAGGGAUCUCUAUAUUACUUCAGUGAAACGAUUUGGGAAGGAAGAACAAAUUAUCAAACUUGGAACAAUGGUACACACAUUGGCAUGGUGCGACUCAUGCAAUAUCCUGUGUGGCCUUCAGGAUACUCGGUUCACAGUGUGGUACUAUCCCAACACUGUGUAUGUGGACAGAGACAUUUUGCCUAAAACGUUAUAUGAGAAGGAUGCAAGUGAAUAUAGUAAAAACCCUCAUAUUGUGAGUUUUGUGGGGAAUCAGGUAACUAUCAGAAGAGCGGAUGGGUCUCUGGUCCACAUCAGCAUAUCUCCGUAUCCUGCUAUUCUUCAGGAAUAUGUGAGCAGUUCCAAGUGGGAGGAUGCUGUAAGACUUUGUCGCUUUGUUAAGGAGCAAACCAUGUGGGCGUGUCUGGCUGCCAUGGCACUUGCCAACCGAGACAUGACCACUGCAGAAAUUGCCUACGCAGCAAUCGGCGAGAUUGAUAAGGUUCAAUACAUCAACUCUAUAAAAGAUCUUCCAUCCAAAGAAUCAAAAAUGGCACAUAUACUAAUGUUUAGUGGGAACAUACAGGAAGCUGAAAUAGUACUUCUUCAGGCUGGCCUUGUUUAUCAAGCAAUCCAGAUCAAUAUUAAUCUCUACAACUGGGAAAGGGCCCUGGAAUUAGCUGUAAAAUAUAAAACCCACGUAGAUACAGUGCUGGCAUACCGUCAGAAGUUUCUGGAGACCUUUGGUAAACACGAAACUAAUAAACGAUACUUGCAAUAUGCAGAAGGUCUCGAAAUAGAUUGGGAGAAAAUCAAUGCCAAAAUCGAGAUGGAAAUAACUAAAGAACGGGAGCGGUCCUCAAGCAAGAGUAUUGGGCUAAAGCACUGAACGCCAUCUCAGCCUUCAGGAAGUUCCACCCAUAAAAGGAAUUCCCAUUUAACAGAAGAUAAGCAUGGUAUGGUUGCUAAGGAACCAGAGCAUAAAAGGUGUAGUUCAGGGGUAGAAGGCUGUAAUUCAGUGGUAGAAGGCUUGCCUAGCGUGUAUGCACGGUCCUCCAGUACCUCAAACAAGAAAGGAAAGGAUAAUGACAUAUUCUUUAGUUACAAGCACUUUCUAUGCAUUGAAUGCCAACAGUACAUUCAGAAAGACUAAGCACAAAAUAAUUGACAUGAUUCUAUCUUUUAUACUCUUCAAGUCUAAUAAUUAGCAAAAUAUUUCUAUAUUCCUGUCACCUGUGUAGUGCUGAUUAUAUUCCAGGUUUUGGUUCACACUAUUUUGUCCUUGAUUCUUCAGCAUGAACAAAGAAUAAUGCUGAUAAUAAAACACUGGACUCUCUCAAAUGCAUGUUAGCAUUAAUUUGUAUAUGGCCUCUAAAUUAUAAAGUACCUCCAAAGUUGAUAUAAGAAUAUACAAGGAUGGAUUUGUGAAAAUAUACUGUACAUCAAAGCUAAGAGCAGCAUUUAUUCAAAUAGCAUAAGGUCAAAACAACUCAUCUGUCCAUCAGUAGAUAAACAGAUAAUUCAAGGUAGUAUGCUAUCCAGUGGAAUAGUAUUCAGCCUUAAAAAUUCAGAUGAACUUUAAAAAAAUUACUCUAAGUGAAGACACAAAAAGUCAAAUAUUGUAUGUUGCCACUUUCAUAGGAAUCUAGAAAUAAGUUCUCAGAGACAGGAAGGAGAAUCGUGUCAGUGAGGAAGUAGGGCAAGGGGAAACGGAGGUUUAUUUUCUUGUUAAUGGGUACAGAGCUUCUGUUUGGGAUGAGCAAGUUCUAAAAGUGCACUGUGAUGGCCUCACUAUUCCAUGAAUGCUGAUGCCAUCAAAUUGCACUCCUAAAAUGGUUAAAAUUGUUACAUUGUUUUAUAUAUAUAUAUAUAUAUAUAUAUAUAUAUCAUAAUUUAAAUGCAUAUGUAGAAGGAGCAAGAAGUAUUUUCCUUGUUCUCUUCCUGCAGACAGCAGCACUGGAGUCUAACUUGGUGAAAUUCUUCCUCAGGUGAUAAACCUGCUCCAUGGACUAACCUUAACUCAGUAGGUCCCCUUGAAAGUGUGUUACAGUAACAUAAAUACCCUGAACUUGGUUUGGAAGUAGAGUAUUAUAGAGAGGGCACAGCCCAUGUAUAAACACAUAAAUAACUGUAUCAAGGUUUUUGUAUAAAAAUGUUCUUUAAUUUCCAACUUGUUUCCUUUGUUUUCUGGAAUAUUCGGUUCUUGAUCCAGAUGCUGGACUCAAGAAUGUGUUCAGUUUGUGAACUUUUUGAGCAGUUGCUUAUAAAUUGUACUUACUAGAUUUGUAUAUGUUUUCUAUAUUAUAUUUCAAUGAAAAAAUUUAAAGUAAUUGGGUAAAUUUU